AUGAUGCAAAAUGAAGACAAAUAUGAAAAAAUCUUAAAGGCAUUGAACAGUCGUCGUAUUAUUCUCAGACUAUUUGUAGCUCAGAAACUUGUAUCAAGUGAUGAUGACUUUCUAUCUCAAAAUGUUAUACCUCUUGAAGCAUACCAUAAUGGCCUAAAGACUGAAGCUUUAUCAGUGUCUGCAUCAGAGGAAGAGGGGCUGAGUUUCUUAAAUGGAUAUGAUGAAAAAAACCCAGAACUGCCCAGUGGGAAAAGGAAUCAGUCUCUUACACUGAUAGAACUGCUUAAAAAUAAAAGGCUGGGGGAAGAAAGGAGUUCUGCUGUCUUUCCUCAAAAGAUCCAGAAUCAAACUGCAAGAAAGAGAUUUGUUCAGAAAUGUGUUCUUCCAUUAAAUGAAGAUAGUUCGUUGAUGUAUCAUCCACAAAAAAUAGACUUGACUAUGCACUCAGGCUUAGAUUGUAAGCAAAAGAAAUCAAGGUCAAGAUCUGGAAGCAAGAAGAAAAUGCUAACUUUACCUCAUGGUGCUGACGAGGUUUACAUUCUCAGAUGCAGGUUUUGUGGCCUAGUCUUUCAUGGACCGUUGUCUGUUCAGGAAGACUGGAUUAAGCACUUGCAAUGGCACAUUGUAAACGCUAAUCUUCCCCAGACUGGAGCUGGCAUGGUGGAAGUCACGUCACUGUUUAAAAAGCCUGCUUCCAUUACAGAAACUUCAUUUUCUCUACUAAUGGCAGAAGCAGCUUCAUAG